AUGUUUUUAAUUUAAAAAUUUUAUAUGGUAUGAUACACACACAUAAUACACAUAGGGUAUUUAAAGUUAUUACUUUGUGGUAUUGUGUAGAGUAAAUUCUAUAAACAUGGCGAAUACUGAAGUUGACGAUUUGAUGUAUGAAGAAGAAUCAGAUGAAAGUAAUAUUAUAGUUGAUUUUGAAGGCUUGCAAGAUUCUCUAGAGGAACCUGAUACAAUUCUUCAGGUUGAUGAAGAACAAAGAGAGAAAUUAGUACGACUUCCUAUAGGCAGAGUAAGAAAUAUUAUGAAAAUGGAUCCCGACGUAAAUUUAGUUAACCAGGAGGCAGUAUUUUUAAUAGCAAAAUCAACGGAACUUUUUAUUGACUCACUUGCAAAGGAAGCCUAUAAGUAUACUGUACAAACCAAAAAACGAACAUUGCAAAAACGAGACAUUGAAAAUGCAAUUAAUAAUGUAGAUGCGCUUGUCUUUUUAGAAGAAAUGCUCGAAUGAAUUAGAAAAUGUUCUGUCAAAUUUUCUAAAUGCUAAUACAACAUAUCCUUAACAAAAAAAGAAGAAAAUCAGUCUUUAAUUUGCAAAAUUCUGAUAAUUAAUUUAAUAAAUAUAAAUAAUAGAGAUCAUGGUUUAUAUGAUAGUUACCACAAUAUUUUAAAAUCAAUAUAUAACAACAAAAAACGAUACAAUAAAAAUUUAAUAAAUUUUAAAAACAUCUGCAUUGAUAACAUACAGAGAGAAAGAGAAUUAAAUUUUGUAGAUAAUAUAUUAAAUAUAUUAAAGAAUAGGGUAUUACGAUUAUUAUUAAUAUUAAUUAAACUUAUUCUGAGUAUCUUUAAAUAAAGUAAUCAUCUUUUUAAGAAUGUUUUAAUUCCACAUCACGUUCAUUUAACAUGUAUUUAGUAAAUAUUUCUAUGUAUAGAAUAAUAUACAAAGUAAUAUUAUAUUAUACGUUAAUUCAAAUAAAGUAAAAUUUAUUAUUUUGCACUGAUUGUAAAAUAUCAUCAUAUUUAAAUCAAAUAAUUGUUCUUAAAAUCUACUAAUUACAUACCUAUGUGUUACAUAAGAAAUCUAGUAUUAGUAACUUUUCAAUGUAUUCAAUAAAUUAACUGUUUAUGUAAUCUCACAACUA